GGUGCAUGGAUAAUGUGAGUGCACAAGUUAAAUUUGUGAUUUGUUAAUUAUUUGCGUUCACGAAAAUCUUAAAUAAUACGAUAAUUAUUAGUUUAGAAGUAGACAGAGACUUAAAUUAAUAUUAUUACUAGUUUAUGGAUUGUGAUUUACUGUUGAAAUGAGCCUUUUAUCUAACGCAUUUACAGCAGCUGCCCAUAAGCGGCAUUGCACAGAGACUCCCGGUCUAAAGUUCUUGACGCAUAAUUUUUGCGCCUUAUCUAUGUAGGGAAGCUAAGAAGGAUUUUUUAACUAAAUCAUAAAGAAAUGGCUUAUAACGAAAAACGUUGUUAUAUGUAUGUACUACAAACUAGCAGAACCAAGGAUAACGUGCCAUAGCAAAAAAGUAUUUGAAUAAUAUCCACUCUUGCUGCAUCUAAUACAAGUGAAUGAGGAUGACCCAUAAACAAAAACGAAACCGACUACCUAAUUUUACGCCUGCUGAAGAAAGUUUUUUACUAUCAUUGGCACAUAAAUACGUUAAUGUAAUUGAAAGUAAACUAACUGAUGCGCAGAUUUGGGAGGAGAAAAGAAAAGCAUGGGAAAAUAUUGAUAUUGAAUUUGGUAAUAAGUUUGGCUGUAGAAGAGGAUCUAAAAAUUUACGAGAAAAAUAUGAUAAUUUGAAGCGUAAAUUAAGACGAAUGGAAAGCAAAGACAAAAACGAUGAGGAACAAACAUUUCAAAAGUUGUUUAUUGAUGAAAAUAUUGAAAAACUCUCAGCUAUAGUAGGAUUUUCAGCAGACUGUAGCUCAAAUGAUGUCGAAAGCAAUGACACAUUUGAGACUGACCCUGAAAUGAAUAAUAUGUUUAAUGCUACAGCGCAGAGCUGUAGUUUUGACGAUCCGAUUCAAGAUUCCGAGACUGUUGAAAAGGAAGGCGAAAACAAGUAUUUGUCAUUAAAUUCAAACCACUCUGCACAGUGUAGAAAAAUCAAAUCUUCUCGAAGACCUGAUCGAAAACCAUGUUAUAAUGUAAAUGAUUUGCGAUCUGCCGAUAAACAUCGCCGGGACUGUAAGAGAAACAAAAGAGAAGCUGAAAAACACAGAUGGGAGUUCGAAAAGCACAACUUAAUUGUAAAAAAGCAAAAAUGGGAGCUAAAGGAAGCCAAACUAAAAACUAAACUUUUGCAAAUGAACUUAAAGAAUUCUAUACCUAGAGACGAUUUAAAAAGCUGCAUCAGCGCUAUAUCUGAAGAUUAUUUUCAAACAAAACCCCAAUGUCAUAUAAGAAUGCAAGACAAAACUAACGCACAAAGUAUCGAUGAAGCUCAGAACUCAAUCAACAUCGCCACAUUAUCUGCAAACAUUAAAGUCGAACCUACACUUGACAUUAUGGACAUUGGAAAUGACUGUACCAAUAACUCCAAUGAAAACUGCACAUCCAAAAGCCGAGUCGAAACGAAAACGAACAAUGAAGAACUUGGUGGUAUGUGUAAAAGAAUCAAAACAAUACCGUCGGUUUCCAGCGAUGAGCAACAACAGUGGGAAGUGGCUUUAAAGCAUGAUAUGGCCGAUACUUCAAAUGGCGCCCACAGUAGUUUUCUCGAUCCUAUCCAAUUAGUUGAGACUAAUAUUAUUUCAUCUAUUGGUGAUGAUGAUGAUAAUGAAGAUGAUGGUUGUCAAACUAGUGAGGAGUCCAUAUCCUUCGACGCAAAAACAGAUGAUCAAACAAAAGUUUCAACGCAUGAACAUGAUUUUUUAAAACUUCUAAAUAAACAUAGACUGCAGCAUUAUUGGGCUAAAUUGAAGGACAUGAAUAUUGGCUUAGACUACUUGCAGUAUAUAGAAGAGGUGGACGUUAGAGAUAUAUGUGGGCGUGAUAUUGGUGCGCGUAUACGAUUUCGUGCAUUAUUAGAAGAUUGGCGCACGUUACAUAGUCUCGCUGAAACUAUUACAAGUCCAAUAACAGUACUCAAUGAGGCCAAAAGAGUGAUUGCUGAACUCAAAGCGAUUAUAAAGCAAACACCGUUUGUCAAAGAUCAAAGCAGUGCCGUAACUUCCAAAGAAAGUCAAUGCAGUCGGCAUACGAACUAUAAAAAAGUCUUACCUGAAACACCAUUCCAAUCUGUGAUAGAUUUUAAAGUGUUUGAAGAAUUGAUUAAAAACUCAGAAGAAGCAUAUCAAAAUUUGAUAACGGAAUUAACCGCACAACACAUAUACAAUCCUGUUAGUUUUCUGAAAACCUCAUGGCGUCGCAUAAUGAGCGAUCAUGUUGCGCAGCAUUUCUGCUGGACGGGCACACUAGAAAAGCUAGCUAUACGCACAUUGAGCGUGACGAAGGCAUUGAAAGAGGCCUAUCAGCGUAAAUUUGAUUUUUGUACUAACGACGAUUUCCAACGCACAAUUCAACCAUUUUUCCUACAUGCGAAAACACGUCUGCAGAAAAAACAAAACUAUGAGAAAUUAAAAGCGGCCAACAUAACAUUGUAAAGUUACAUGUGUCCAAGUAUGUACUUAGCAUUUAAGUUUAAGUUGGAGCUAAGAUAGGGUUUAGAAUCUUGUUGCGACGAGAAAAUUUCGUAAAACGUAAAAUUUCAUGAGGACUCAAAAAAUGUCGUUUUUUAAUAUAUAUUAUUUUUAACUCAGCCUCAAACGAGAAUUAUUAAUAGUAUUAAUUUGCUAAGUUAUUGUAAGAUAUGUAGAUUAAGCGCUUAAAAAAAUCUAAACUAAGCAAUUUAAUUGAAUUUACAUCAACCAAACGAAGUAUGCGAAUUUCAGUGGCGUUGAAAUAUUUGAAAUUUGUGCUUUGAACCCAGCUUCAGCAACCAGUGCGACACGUGUUAUGAAAACUGAUUUCGGUAAAUGUUCAGCAGAGCGGCUUUUCUGAAAAAAUUUACCAAUUUUCACGGGAAAUACCUGAAAAUUAUUAUUUUUUAAUUCUACUUCAAAAUCGAUAAAACCGUGAAAAGCGUUACAUACAGAAAAUGUUUCCAUUUCUUACUUGAUACUCUCGAUAUGCGUACUUACUUAUUGAUCGAGAUCUAUUUUCAUUUAUUUAUUUAACGCUAAUCGGCACUAUACAUCAAAUAACAAUUAUAAUUCUAAAUAAGACAUCAGGCUUAAACAUAUAAAAUUAGGAAUUAAACAAGUAACCUAGUUCGUAUGCUAGUAUUUUAAUAGAGGUUCUGUAGAGAUCCGCAGAAAAAGUUGACGUCACUGUGCAGAGAGUUUACCAAUCUACAGAUUAUUUCCUUUGGGCCAUUGAUUACAUAGUUUUUGUUCGAUCUGCAAGUUUUCAGGAUUCAGGAUCUGUCUAGGGUUAAGCUUGGUCUGCAAAGAUUUUUGGGGCAUCAAUUAAUCCAUUGAAGAUUUUGAAGAAGAAGAUAAGGUCUGCUAACUGCCGUCGAGAUUUCAGGUCAUUUAUUUUCAGGUUUCUUCGGACGUCUUCUGUUGAAUUGAUAUCGUUUCUGUGUCUGUUAUGAAAUAGCAGCGCUUUGCAGAACUUGUGCUGGAUUCUCUCUACUCUGUUGACCAUUGAGUCCGUGAAUGCGGACCAGAUCACUGUUCCAUAUUCUAGAAUGGGUACCACUAAUGCUGAGAACAGGCAGGUUAAUGAGCAAUUGUUCUCAAAUUCCCUACACAUACGAUUAAUCAACCCCAGUAUUUUGUAUGCCUGCGAAGUAAUUUUUUCGAUAUGUUUCUUGAAAUUUAGUCUUCUGUCAAUAGUGAUACCCAGGUCUCUGAUGUCUUCAAUAUCCAAUAUAUCCAAUUAAAUUCUUUGUUAUUCACACUGGUUCAGGUAACCAGCCACUAGGAAAGGUGUUCCAAUUUACAAAAUUCCUUGUAUCAUUUGCGACUAUAGUUUGUUCAAUUAUUGCGGUGUUGCUAGGAGUAUCGCUGUUUUUGAGCGUUUCGUCAUCAUUGUGGAGGACUUUUUGCGAUUAUUUCUUCACAUUAUCUAGCUUUGUAUUUCCUUACUUUUUUACGUUCUGCUUGUAUAAACGUAGACUUUCUUUGUCUAGUUUUCGAACAAUUAUCCGAACUAUGAUGGCGUGUUUGUCGUUUAAAUCUAAAUUUAGUCCUUUCAAAGCAUAAAUGCAUUCACAGCUAAUUCUUGCUUGCU